AUGGGUGAUUCUGGCGGAAUAAGGACUGACCAGUGUUUUCCAAAACGUAACUGCAUUUCGGUGGACACAAUGGUGCAAAGGGUGGCGACGGACGAGCGGCCAUUUGAGACGCCGUCAUCUGAUGAAAGCGGCUUGGGCAGAGACAGUCCUACCGAUGACUCGGAACCAGAAGCAGCUUUAGUUGUUCCACCAGAUGGCGGUUGGGGUUGGGUAGUGGUAGCAGCGUCAUUUAUUUGCAACUUUAUCGUUGAUGGAAUACUUUUUUGUGGAGGGUCUUUUCUGAAGCCCAUUCAGAAUGAAUUUGCUGUAAGCGAUGGACAGGUGGCGCCUGUCAAUUCUCUGCUGCAGGGCUUCUAUCUUUUGGCAGGUCCAUUUGUGUCUGCUUUGGCCAAUAAGUAUGGCUUCCGGGUUGUAACGAUUGUGGGUAGUUUGAUAACGGCCUCUGCCUUUGCGUUAUCCUACUUUGCAUCGAGUGUGGAAUACCUGUAUCUUGUGUAUGGAGUUAUGGGAGGUAUAGGGUUCUGCAUGAUAUAUAUGCCGGCUGUGUUAACAGUUGGUUUUUACUUCGAGAGGUGGCGUGCCCUGGCAACUGGUCUUGCACUUUGCGGUUCUGGUGUAGGAACCUUUGUGUUUGCACCCCUGACUGCUGAGUUAAUCGGAAACCUUGGAUGGAGGACCUCAGUAGUUGCCAACGGAGCUCUUGUUCUCAUCUGUUUGCUCUGCGGUCUUAUGUUUAGGCCCAUUAACCCGGUUCGUGUGACGCUGGCCGACCAAAAUGAAGAGGAUGACACGUCACGGCGUCACGAAGAAGCUGUUGAAAAACUUAACUCUAUGCUCAAGUUACACAAUAAACUCGAUUCCGGAAUCUCAAUGCCUUCUGAAAUGCGUUUCACCAAUAAAGUGAGCCCUCACACAUGGGUGGGCGUCGCCAAUAAUACGCGCUAUCCCACCGUUGACGAAGUGUUCCGUGGGAGUAAUUCACAUUUGAGCAGAAGGUCGUCUGCAACAGCAGGUCAAAUCAAGAAUCAUUUGAAUAACAAGCCUCUUUUCAUCGCCGUGCCGGUGGCUGAGAAAGACGAACAGGAAGACUCUAAUAGCAACAUUGAUAAUGCUGAGCCAUUGAUCGCUAAUUCCGUUAAAAUCGUGACGCGGGAAGCGCGGCCGCGACGUUCACAUGCCGAUUUGAUCGCUCGACCACUUUAUCGUGAUGACAUUUUCUUCGGUGGCAGCUUGGCAAGGUUACCGCAGUACACGUCGCGAACGUCGCUUGGAUAUCAUUUGGCUGUGACGCACGUUCCCACUAAAGAAGAUGCACAAGAAGAACAAUCUGGAAAGUGCAAGCUUUGCCCCGAAGCUGUGAAGCGGGCGCUCGCUACACUCUUGGACGUGAGCUUAUUCCGAUCGCCAACGUUCAAUGUAUUAGCGAUCAGUGGCUUUUUUACUAUGUUAGGCUUUUUUGUGCCGUACAUGUAUGUUAAAGAAAGGGCGAUUGCCAACGGAUUGAGCGAGACAAAGAGUGUCUGGCUGGUAUCUGCAAUUGGAAUAACUAAUAUCGUGGGCCGUAUUGCUUGUGGACUCAUGUCGUCAAUGCCGAAGGUCUCUCCCCUGUGGCUGAAUAACAUCGCUCUUUCGGCUGGUGGGAUUGCGACAAUGAUAAGUGGCCUGUGCUAUCACGACGCUUAUCAAUUUGGAUAUUGUGCAAUAUUUGGAUUGGCUGUUGCGUGUUUUGCCUCACUUCGAUCGAUACUGGUUGUGGAAUACAUAGGACUGGAGCAACUGACAAAUUGUUUCGGUUUAUUCUUGCUUUUCCAAGGUCUUGGCGCUCUCCUGGGAGUGCCUAUUGCCGGUGCCCUCAUGGAUCUAACGAAGAGCUAUGACAUAUCAUUCUGUGUAUCAGGCGGGUUUCUUCUCUUAUCAGCUGUCAUGUGCUAUCCAGUGGACUACAUCAGCCGAUGGGAGAAAUCUCGAAACAAACUGUCCACACCAAAAGUCUGA